AUGUCAGAAGUAACUCGUGGCCCAUAUCUGUCACAAGAGCUUACACAGGUGAAAAGCGGCCUGCUGCAGAGAGAGCUACCAAUCAGUGAUGAGACAGCAACAUUUACUUGGAGCGAGACUGCGGGCUCCCUAUUGAAGGUGAACAUUCGAAUACUGUUCUUCAGUGGUGCGUGGCCACUGACAGAAUCCGCCCUGUAUUACGUCUACACCGCAGCCGUGUUCCUGGCGAGUGUCGCCAAUAUGGCCGAAGCCGCCGUGGGCAUCGCCUUCGGACAGGGCAGCAUGGAAGAGAUCACACUGGUGCUGCCCAACACGCUGACCACGGCCUGCGGUGUGGUCAAGCUGGCCUUCUUCUUGCGCGACCACCGACGCUACUACGCCCUGGUGCGACGAACGGAGCGUCUGGUGAUGUCCCAGGAGGAACUGGCGGGAGGAGCAGCCGAAGCCUCUGCACGUGACGUGAGCCGCCGCGUGCGCGCCUUCGCCCUGUUCGUGGUCGCUCUCAUCUGCGUCCAGGGCGCCGUCUGGUGCCCCAUGCCGCUUAUUGCCUACCCAGGCGAGAGGAAACUGCCGUUUGGACAGCUACCCAGCACCAAUUACACUCAGGUGCCAGUGUACGAGUUAUCAUACGUACUGCAGUGCAUGUCGAGUUUCACCAUCGCUAACGUCACACUAGGCUUCGACUGCCUUUUCAUGGGCAUCAUGGAGUUCUUGGGAGCGCAGCUCGACCUACUAACCUUACGACUCAGAAGCCUGCAACUGGAUGCGACCGCCUGCACCACCGAGCAGAAAGACGGACGUGGCUGUGCUGUUCAGGCAACGAAAGGGUAUGACGACGCUCACAGGGAGCUGUGUCUCUGUAUUGAGAGGCAUCAGGAGAUCAUCAGGUUUACCAGAUACCUGGAAGAAACUAUGAGUCCCGUCGCAAUGACGCAGUUCAUGUUCAGCGUCCUGUCGAGCGAUGACUUCAGCGCUGUAUUUCGAUGCGUGGCUUUCCUGCCCCUACCUGGCGGCCAGAUGUACAUCUACUGCUGGGCCGCUCAUCGCAUCACGGAGAAGGCGGAGGCGCUGUCUAUGGCGGCCUACAGCUGCCAGUGGGUGGAGUCCAGCCAGUGCUUCAAGCGCUCCCUGGCGAUCGUCAUAUUACGGGCACAGCAGCAACUGGUCAUCACCGCAGGGCACCUCUACCCAGUCAACAGAACCACUUUUGUCUCGCUUGUGAAUGCAUCUUACUCCUACUACGCGCUACUGGGACAGAUCAACAAGCGUUGA